AUGGCGUCGCGUCCCAGCAGCCAGCACCGCUUGAGCGUCGGUGCCAAUGCCUCGAGUCUUCCCUCGCGCAACUCCUACAGUCGCACCCACUCGCAUUCCACCUCUCUCGGCACCGUCAACCCCACCAACCGCAUCAAUCGCCGCAAGAGCUCGACCUUCUCGCCCGCUGGCAAGCCUGCUAUUACUGGUGCAGUAGUGGAGAAUGCCGUGGCAGAUGGCACGGCGGCUAUCAAUAGGCGGAGUUCCAUGUCGAAAGCCGCUCUUGCUGCUUUAAACGACGGCUCGACGCCUAGCAGCCUGCCGCAUCGCGUGUCGGUGCCCGAUAGCACUACAUUGAGCAGCAGCGCGGUGGUGGACGGCGGUCCUUUAUCCUCUUUCCAGGGCUCUGAAAAGAACAAGCCAAAGAUGCGCAGGGCCAGUGACGGCACUCGCUUGACGAAGAAAGAGAAAGCUGCGACUGGCGAUUUGAAAUGUGAACACUGCGGCAAAGCGUAUAAACACGGCAGCUGCUUGAAUAAGCAUCUCUGGGAACAUACGCCACAAUGGCAAUAUACGUCCAAGCUGCUCAUCUCGAAGCACCAGCAGGUUCAACUUUUGGAGGCUGCCUCUGUUUUGGUUGCAAUGAACCAGGAGCCCUCUAACGAUAGCGACAACUCGUCGUCCCCUGCGGCUUCUGCUUCGUCUGAUAUGCGGGACGAGGAAUUGAGCUCGACUGAGACAACGCCUCCACCACAGGGUGACUCGUCUUACAGGGACAGCAAGCGGUUCAGCAACAACAGCAGCGUCUACUCGCGUUCGUAUCAGUCGGUCUUCUCGGAAAGUGUUCCAAACAAUGAACACGGCUUUGCCCAUCACCGCCAAUGGAGCGCCUCGAGCAACAGCCGUCCAGUGACUGCCAACACCUCGUACGCCGACAGCUACCGUGGUGACGAGGACCCGCAAGAUUUGGCCGCCGCUGUUGGAUUGCUGAGCUGCAGCUAUGGUACUCCCAAGACUGGGCCGACUGGUGUCCCUAUGGAUGUUCCUCCAGUUCCACCACUUCCAGCCAAGUACCAGAACUACCACCGCACUCAGGGCGAUGUGCACAUGGAAGAUGACGAAAGCUCUGAUGACGAACCUCACGCCCGCAAUGACGAUAUGGAAGACCACGGCAUGUUUGGCAAGAUGGACGCUUAG